AUGCCAACAGAAGCAAAAAAAUAUGACUAUGUAGUCGCUAUUGACCUUGGGACAACAUACUCAGGGCACGCUUGGGUUGAUAUUCAAGAAUACGAGCGCAAAGAGAAAGACGUUAGUAAGCACACACAGCCACAUCUUCAUUGUGAUCAUGUGGGAAAAUUCAAACUGUGGCUGGACAGAACCAUGAAGGAUCCUACACCUCUUCCAAAUGGACUGACACCUAUAGAAGUAAUCUCGGACUAUCUGAGAUACUUGCAUAUGGCCGCCGUAGACGAAAUUGUCGAAAAGGGACUAAAGGAUCUUUCAAGGAUCAGAUAUUGUCUCACGGUUCCAAUUAUAUGGUCUGAAGAAUCCCGAUCGAUUAUGAGAGACGCUGCCAUUAUUUCUGGGAUUAUUAAAAAAGACGACGACCCAGAUAGAUUAAUUAUAGUUGACGAACCCGUAGCUGCUGCCAUGUAUUGUGAAGCUAUCUUUCCAGAAUUCUGUUUAGACGAUGGAAAUCGGUAUAUGAUAUGCGAUGCUGGAGGUGGUACAGUGGAUUUGGCUACAUUCGAAAUCGACAAAUCAACAGGAAAGAAUGGGCUACGUGAAAUAACAAUGGGGUCAGGCAGCUUGUGUGGCUCUUCUUUUUUGGAUGUACUGUUCGCAAAGCUAUUGAAGGAACGUCUCUCUAAUCUCACAGAGAAUCAAGUAACUACAUUUAUUUUAACAAAUGACUUUUCAUACAAAAAGCUUACAUUCGAUAACAAACGUGAUCUUGAUGUACUUGGUUACUACAAUGAAGAAGGUCCAGAGUACGGAAUUAAAGAGAUCACAGUUAGUUUCUCAAGAUAUCAGAUAUGUGAAGAGGUUUUUGAGCCAGUGGUUUGUCAAGUGAUUGAGCUUAUAGAGAACCAACUUGGACAGCUCGGGAGCAGACGAUUGGAUGUUAUGUUUAUCACUGGAGGCUUUGGACAGUCUCCUUAUUUGAACAAUCAUGGACAAUUAGCCGUAAUCCGUGGAGCUCUUUUGUAUGGUGUCAAUCCACAAGAAAUCACUCAACGAAUUUUACGUCGAACCUAUGGCAUCAAAUUCGACACACCUUCUGGAAGUCAAGACAACCUAUCCAUGAAGAUGUAUGGAUCAAAAAGAAAAUUUUAUGGAGCAAGAAUAGUUUACCGGUUAUAUGACCUUCCGGUACCCCAAAAUCCUAGUCCAGAGGAUCUUGAUAUUGUCGCUAUGUUUGACACUAAGUUCCAAAUCGACUCCAAACAACUAAAGAAGCAAACAAUCAUGGUACUGAACUUGCGUUUUGGCUUAGACAAGAUUCAUAUCAAAGUCAAUAUUGCUGGAAGAGAAUUUGAUUAUAUCACUGUACAUGAUAUUACGGGAGAGAAAGAGAAGCUCUCAUAUACUGAGAUUAAUCCCCCACCUUCAGGGAAAAUUCGAAAAUUAUUUCUUAUGGAUGAGAUAGUAAAAUAUCUUCCUUGA